AGGCAGCAGCGGGGACUGCAGGCACCUGGAGCGGCACGAGCAGAAGAGGGAGAAGCGGGAGGUGCAGCAGAUCCAGCAGAUCCAGCACCUGGAGUCCUUCUAUGAGAAACCUCCUCCAGGGCUAAUUAAGGAAGAGGAAACUAAACCAGAAGACUGUAUCCCUGAUGUACCAGGCAAUGAACAUGCCCGAGAAUUCCUGGCUCAUGCCCCAACUAAAGGACUCUGGAUGCCAUUGGGAAAAGAAGUCAAAGUUAUGCAGUGUUGGAGAUGUAAACGUUAUGGACACAGAACAGGAGAUAAAGAAUGCCCAUUCUUUAUUAAAGGCAAUCAGAAAUUGGAACAAUUCAGAGUAGCGCAUGAAGAUCCCAUGUAUGAUGUAAUAAGGGAAAAUAAGCGCCAUGAAAAGGAAAUGAGGAUACAGCAAUUGAAGCAACUGCUGGAAGAUUCUACUUCAGAUGAAGAUGGAAGUAGUGGCAGCUCCAGUUCCUCAGAAUGUAAAGAGAAACAGAAGAAGAAGAAAAAGAAGGAGAAAAAGAAAAAAGAAAAAAAGAAGAAAAAGAAAAGAAAGCAUAAAUCUUCUAAAUUAAAUGAGAAGUCAGAGUGAUUGACAGCAAUCAUCUGCUGUGUGUUUCUUGACCCCAGAUUGUGAACUGUAAGAACACAUCCAAAGAAUGAGGAAGAAACAACCAAAAAAG